ACCCUGAAGAGGAAGGCAUUCGACGUCGGGGAGGACGAGGUGGAGGGCAGGUAUCGGAAGUACAGCUAUGAGCAGCCAAAGUCCCCCUACCCCAUGUCGGACAACGGCGAGUGCCGGGGCAAUGGCUUCGGGGGCAGCGCCGGGUCCCCCCAGGUGGCUUUCAAGACUGGGAAGAGGCCUGCCGGGAACGACCCCGGCGCCUACACUGGGGUGGGCCGGCCGCCCCGCACCAUCCUUCUCUUUGGUCCCCGUGGCACCGGGAAGACCCUGCUGAGCCGAUGCAUCUCUACCCAACUGGGCUCCACCUUGCUCAAGCUCAGCGGAACAACUCUGCUCUCAACCUGGAAAGCUGAAGCUGAGAAGAUCCUGCAGACUGUCUUCUUCGUGGCCAGCUGCCGGCAGCCCGCCGUGGUCCUCAUCACUGAGGCUGAGUCCUUGCUGGUGGCCCGGGCCGGGGAGGAUGGCAACCACGUGAACCUCAAGUCCCAGCUCCCCUCCUCCCUGGACAAUGUGCCUACCUCAUCCGAUCAGAAUGUGGUCGUCAUUGGGACCACCUCCCGGCCUGGCAGCAUGGAUGAAGCUUCUCACCGCCGCUUUGCCAAGCGGUUUUACAUCUCCCCACCGGACAGCAUGGCGCGGCGGCAAAUCCUCCACCAUGCCUUGGCCCAGCAGAGCUCUUGCCUCAGUGAGCAUGAGAUGGCCUCCUUGGUGCAGCACACUGAGAGCUUCUCAGGCGGCGAGCUGGUCCAGCUCUGCCAGCAUGCUGGGGCCACCACGCUGCGGGGCUUGCCGGCCCAGAUCCAACCCACCUCCUACCAGGACUUGGAGAAGGCCUUCUGCAAGGUGCGCCCCGCCGCAUCCCAGAAGGAACUGGACUUGUUCUUGGAGUGGGACAAAAUGUAUGGCACCCAGCACUGA